UGAAACGCAAAUUCGAGUAUCCUAUCUAUUCCCUGUCAAUUGUAACUUCCCCUCAGAUUGAUUCUCUUCGAUUUCGCUGAUCUCAAAUACUCAAAAUCCCCUUUGAGAUAAUUCUUAUUGCCUUCAUUUACCUGGAAAAGGGUAGUUCUGCAGUUGCACGUGUAUUUAAAAAGUAUUGUAUGAGUCAAAAAAUAGAAAAACCAAUAUUAUCGGGUCAACGCAUAAAGACCAGAAAAAGAGAUGAAAAAGAAAAGUAUGAUCCAAACGGAUUUCGAGAUGCUAUUAUACUUGGUUUGGAAAAGGCUGGUAACGACCUAGAUGCGAUUUCAAAGUACUUGGAUGCAGCUGGUUCUAAAUUAGAUUACCGUCGGUAUGGGGAAGACCUAUUUGACAUCUUAAUAGCUGGUGGCCUUUUGGUUCCAGGCGGUUUUAUUGUACAAGAUGGUGAUAAACCAGUUAAAACUUCUGCUUGCGUCUUUGAACAACCAGAAGAUAUGGAAUCAAUGCGGAAUUUUGAACAAGUAUUUGUCAAACUUAUGAGACGUUAUAAAUAUUUGGAAAAAAUGUUUGAAGACGAAAUGAAAAAAGUAUUGGUUUUCAUGAAAGGAUUUUCUCCUAAGGAAAGAAUAAAAUUGGCUAGAAUGACAGCUUUGUGGAUUUCGAAUGGUUCUGUACCACCUUCAGUUCUUUCUGUUUUAAUCAACGAACAUCUUGUCAAGGAUAAUUUAGCACUAGACUUUUUAUUAGAAGUCUUUGUUACUUGGAAAGAUGAAAAGGGUUUAUCUAGCUUAAUGACAGCAUUGAAAAAAGGCAAUAUUGAAAGAAGGUUAAUGGAAUUUGUACCACCCAAUAAACGAACAGAGGAAUAUUUUAGAUCUGUAUUUGAAGCUGUUGGUCUUGCAGAUAUUGUAAAAUUACAUAAAGCUCAAGCAAGUCAGGAAGCAAAACGAGAUUUGCAACAACUUUUAUUGGAUGAUUUAGCUGAUAAUCGUCCUAUGAAAGAUAUUAUACUUGAUCUCAAAGAAAUGGCACAAAGAAAUGGCAUUCCUGAACAUGAAGUUAUUGGUCUGAUUUGGGUUGUUGUUAUGGGUCAAGCCGAAUGGAACAAGAAGGAGGAACUGGUAGCUGAUCAAGCACUGAAACAUUUAAAAGUAUAUACUCCACUGUUUGAUGCUUUUACAGUCACUGCCAGAUCUGAGCUAGCACUUCUCCUUAAAAUUCAGGAAUUCUGUUAUGAAAAUAUGAACUUCAUGAAAGUCUUCCACAAAAUUGUUUUACUAUUUUACAAAACGGAUGUAAUAUCAGAAGAAGUGAUUUUAAAGUGGUAUAAAGAAGGUCAUUCUGUCAAAGGAAAGCUGCUUUUCCUUCACCAAAUGAAAAAAUUUGUAGAAUGGUUACAGAUAGCCGAAGAGGAAUCUGAGUCAGGAGAAGAGGAAGAUGGUGAAGAGGAAGAAGAAAAGCAACAAAAGAUAACAUAACCUUUAUUAUCGGAAGGUAAUCUUUGGAUUUUAUCCAAAAUUUAAAAAAUGAAUUAGGCAUAAACUGCAAUUGGAUUGUACUGACAAAUAGAAAUUUUAAAAACCAAAGUUUGUAUUAUUGCGAGGCACAGUAUGACGAAACAAGUACAUAAAACUUUUUAAUUGUUAAUAAACAGGAAUCGACAUUACUGGCAUCCAAUUAGCGUGAGAGAUAAAUUGUAAAUUUGCAAUGUCCUUAAAUUGUAUUACUUUAAGAAGAAAUAUUUUGUGUUACAUUUUUAUAAUACCGCAACAAAAUAUAUACAGAAUAACAAAAAAGUAAUCGAAGAUUAGAUCUUUAUCCCUGUGUGUGCAGAAUUUUUAGACCCUCUUUCUUUGUAUGAAAAUAUUGUAUUAGUUUGUAGAAAAUAUAUUGUCAGGUGAUGUUUAAUAUUUGAA